AUGACCCUGAAGCAGUUUAUGCUUCACUACCUCACUUCGCCAAAUCCUCAAUUGGCUUAUCUGCGCCGAUAUUGGGCUCAACCAACAGGAAUUGAGUCCACAAUGGGAUUUCUUCAGGAGCUGGGAGUGUUCAUGGAAAGAUCUCCUACAGGCAGGGAGGCUUGGAAGGAAUUCAUCCAAGGCGAGGCAAUUGAAAUUCUUCGUCACGAGGAGCCUCCCAGAGGAGCCUAUCCUCAAGGGUCGUUCCAAAGCUCGACAACAGUUGAAGCAGAUUUCUUCUCUUCUGAAGCCCGCGACCGUCAAGAUGCAACACUCAUGACCAACAUGCCGUUCCUGACAAAUGUUUUGAUGGGGAUGCAUCCUGCACCGAACCGACAAAAUCACCGGGGUAAUGAGGAAGAAGAGGUCGCUCCGCCUGAUGGCACAGGUCCCAACGCCGCCAGUGUCAACCCCGACGAUUCCUCAGAUGCCACUCAUGUUCCUGAUAUUGUUGGAUACAAGCCAAACCCCAACAGACAUGAUGCUGCCACUAUGCGCUUCCGUAGGGUGAGCAAUUUUGGAUUUGGUCACCCUCAGCUACAUCCUUCCUCAAUCUGA